AUGGGAGUAAAACCAAGUUCUAGAGGGUGCUUUGGGUGGUUUGUGGUGGCAGUAAUAUUGGCAUUGGUUAUUGGUGCCAUUGUUUAUACAAUCAAAAAGAAAACUGAGAAAUCUGAAGGGCCAGCUCCGAUUCCAGGGCCUCCUGGUGCUAUUGACAAGAAAUAUGCUGAUGCUCUCAAAAUUGCUACGCAAUUCUUUGACAUUCAAAAAUCUGGGAAGUUGGUAGACAACAAGAUUAGUUGGAGAGGGGAUUCAGCUCUUAAAGAUGGAAGUGAAGCAAAAUUGGAUCUUUCAAAAGGAAUGUACGAUGCUGGGGAUCAUAUGAAGUUUGGUUUGCCAAUGGCUUUUACUGCUACUGUAUUAUCAUGGACCAUCCUUGAGUAUGGAGAUCAAAUGGAUGUAGUGAAUCAGUUGGAACCAGCGCAGGAUUCGCUCAAGUGGAUCACUGACUACCUUAUCAAUGCGCAUCCUGAAGAGAAUGUGCUCUACGUUCAAGUUGGUGACCCUAAAACUGAUCAUGGUUGUUGGGACAGACCUGAAGUGAUGAAAGAGAAGAGGCCACUUACUCAGGUUAAUGCAUCUUUUCCAGGGACGGAUGUUGCAGCCGAAACUGCAGCAGCUAUGGCUUCAGCAUCUUUGGUGUUUAAAGCCAACUCUGCAUAUUCAAGCACGCUGCUUAAGCAUGCUAAAGAGUUGUUUACGUUUGCUGACAAAUAUAGAGGUUUAUAUAGUGAAAGUAUCCCGGAAGUUGCCACAUAUUACAAUUCAACGGGAUAUGGGGAUGAGCUCUUGUGGGCAGCUAGUUGGCUCUAUCAUGCAACGGGGGAUAAAUCAUAUCUUCAAUAUGCGACUGGCCAAAAUGGUAAACUCUUUGCUCAAUGGGGAAGUCCGACAUGGUUCAGUUGGGAUAACAAACUUGCAGGAGCGCAGGUUUUGUUGUCCAGACUAACUUUCUUUGGAGACAAAGACACCUCAAACACAGGCCUUCAAAUGUAUAGGAAAACAGCUGAGGCAGUUAUGUGUGGUCUCAUCCCAGAUUCUCCGACAGCCACAAAGAGCAGAACAGAUGGCGGUCUUAUAUGGGUCAGUGAAUGGAAUGCUUUGCAGCAUCCCAUUGCUUCUGCAUUUUUAGCUUCUCUUUACAGUGAUUACAUGCUUAGUUCUGGGACUGCUAAGCUAUCCUGCAAUGGAGAUUCAUAUAAACCAUCAGAUCUUCGGAAAUUUGCUAAAUCUCAGGCUGAUUACGUCUUGGGAAAAAAUCCUAUGAAAACGAGCUUUCUUGUCGGUUAUGGUGAGAAGUAUCCACAAUAUGUGCAUCAUAGGGGAGCUUCAAUCCCAGCUGAUGCAACAACUGGUUGCAAGGAUGGCUGGACAUGGCUUGAAAGAAAGGAACCGAAUCCCAAUGAAGCAACUGGAGCACUUCUUGGCGGUCCCUUCUUAAACGAAACAUUUGUCGAUGAUCGCAACAACUCAAUGCAGGCGGAGCCAAGCACAUAUAACAGUGCUAUAAUUGUCGGCCUACUCUCUGGUCUUGUCACCACGUCUUCUACAGUUCAUUCUUUCACCUAA